AGAGAGAGAGAGUGGGAGUGGAGGGCAAGAGGGAGAGUAAGGCGGAACAAACCGGUGUGUUCGGAGAUACAUGCUGUAGCUGCUCGCCCGCACUGCAGAUUAACUCUCACUGUGCCGGGAGAUGCAGCGAGACACGGAAAGGAUUGGUCAGAGCCUCUCAUGACCAAAGCCCACGCCACAAGUCUUCACGCAACAACCUCUCUCCCCGGGGAUCACAAGGACGCCUCCUAAACGCAGCUCAUUCCUCAUCCUGCCUCACUGAGUGUAUGGACUGAGGCCAGACACUAAGAGACGGGGCAAAACAGAAGGAUGCACACUGAGGAGGCAGAGUGAGAGUGUACUUGUAGACAUUAUGCCUUUUCAUCUGAAGUGGAAGAGCUGUGAGAAGCUGUAGAGAAACUCAAAGCACUGAAGAUCUCUGGUGACACAGUAUGACCUGCUUCUUUCCCACACAUGGUGACAGAGGCUGAGAUCAGCCACACAGGAUUCAGUUAAGAAGCUUUUAGGGAGUGUCUGGCCUUCUCUUUAGUCUAGAGGGGGCUUGUAGUGAGUGUCCUUUGUGUUCCCGGAUGCAGAACAUCCUCGAUCAAAACUUAGACAUGGCCACAGCUCUACUCGCCGGCGAGAAGCUGAAGGAGCUGAUCCUGCCAGGCUCCUCUCAGGAUGAGAAAGGUGGGGCACUGGCCGGCCUCAUGGUGCAGCUCAAACUGGAGCUGCCCUUUGAUCGUGUUGUAACUAUUGGAACGGUCAUCAUCCCCAUCCUGCUGGUCACUCUUGUCUUCACCAGGAACUUUGCAGAGGAAUCCAUAUACUGUUACACACCUCACAACUUCACCAGAGACCAGGCACUGUAUGCAAGAGGCUACUGCUGGACAGAGCUGCGUGAUGCUGCACCUGGUGUGGAGUUUCACCUUUGGCCUUCACUCUUUGAACACAAGUUCCUGCCCUACGCUCUGCUGGCCUUUGCCGGGAUCAUGUAUAUUCCUGCUUUGAGCUGGGAGUUCCUCGCCUCUACACGGCUCACGUCAGAGCUGAACUUCCUGCUUCAAGAGAUCGACAACUGCUAUCAUCGAGCUGCUGAGGGCCGAGCCCCAAAGAUCGAGAAGCAGAUCCAAUCCAAAGGACCUGGCAUAACUGAGCGGGAGAGGAGGGAGAUCAUAGAAAACGCAGAGAAGGAGAAAAGUCCAGAGCAGAACCUGUUUGAAAAAUAUUUAGAGAGACGAGGACAAAGUAACUUUCUGGCUAAGCUGUAUUUGGCACGCCACUUGGCUAUUAUCUGCCUCAGUUCCAUCCCCAUUUCCUACCUGAGUGCCUACUAUGCCCGCCAAAGGCAGAAUGAGUUCACCUGUGCCCUUGGUGAGCCACCAGACGUUAGCAGCUAUACAGAGCUUAAGCUCAGGGUCAACUGUAAGCUGCCUGCUGUGCAGCUGCAGCGCAUCAUGGCAGCGAUGGACAUAGCUCUGCUCUGCACUAUGAACCUCAUCAUCCUGAUCAAUUUGCUGCAUCUGUUUGUCGUGCGCAAGUCCAACUUUGUAUUUGACAAACUGCAUAAAGUCGGUAUCAAAACACGGCGGCGCUGGCAAAAGUCUCAGUUCUGCGAUAUUAACAUCCUCGCUAUGUUUUGCAAUGAGAACAGGGACCACAUAAAGUCACUCAACAGGCUGGACUUCAUCACUAAUGAGAGUGACCUCAUGUAUGACAAUGUGGUCAGGCAGCUCUUGGCUGCCCUUGCACAGUCCAACCAUGACGCGACACCUACUGUGAGGGACUGUGGGAUACAGACACUUGAUCCCAAUAUGGAUCCUUCUGAUCUGGCAGUGGGUGAGAUAGCCAUGGAGCCACUGGUCAUCAAACGACCCCGCAAGAAGAUGAAAUGGAUCCCAUCCUCAAAUCCUCUUCCUCAGCCUUUCAAGGAACCCCAUACCAUGACACGUCUGGAAAAUAACACCAAACCUGAAAAACUCAAACAAAUCAGACGAAAGGCGGUGGCGGACAGCUUCAUGGCACCACUUCUGGACAACAAGAGCACACAACAACCAGAGUUGAAUGUGGUGGAGAAAAAGCACACACGCAACUUCUCGCUGGAUGUCCAGCCGUACAUGCUGACCAUUCGUAAGCCUAAGGUGGAGGUCACAAACUUAGAACCUUUGCCCUCACAGCACAACAUGGAUACUGUGUACAUUGAAGGCGCACAUACAAUUGUUCAUGUGUCUGGUUCAAUAACAGAAACUAAGGUGUGUUCUCCAGAAUCGACCAUCACCACCAACUUUUCUGCAGUAACCCUGCCCACCACUACAUAUGUUAAUGGAAUAAGCCCCAACCCUCCAUCCAGUGAGGAUGCACUCAGUCCCAAAACCUCCCCUCCUCCACUGGAGCAUCUCGCCCCAGCAGAGAACCCUGAGACUCAGCCACCACCACUGACCAAAGCUCCCACACACCAGCUGCUGAGUAUACAUCAUACUCUCUUUGAGGAAGACGAGGGUGAGGAGAACCGUAGAGACAGACUGGCACAGAGAGCGGGGGAGCUCAUCGCUGCUGGGGAAUGUUAAAGACGAGGAGGAACUCAGACUGAGAUUCCUCAUCUUGACGCUAAACUCCCCACACACCGUGUCAGUACACUAUUUAUAUCCAGAGCCACCUCCUAUCUUUGAAUUAACUCACACUUCUAUGACGGGUGGAUUAAGCUGACUGACGAGCUGAAAUGUGAUAGUGAGUGACACUUGUAGUCUUUGAAAAAAUAGAAAAAGAAUAACUUUUAAAUGGUGAAAUUAUUCACAAACAAUAAACAAGACAUCGUUGUGUGUAUUUAGCUGUGUUGACUAGAUUAUUAUAGUAGGAACUGAUGUCACAAUCAUGUCUCAGGAUGACAGUUAAUCACCCUCCAAUGAAACCAGCAGUGAUCUAAUUCAACAGGGUGCUACAGUGCAGGGUCAAACAGCUGCUGUGUAUCAAUGAGGCAUAAGGACAGGAUUAACAUCAGUGAGAGAUGAGUGAGCUUUCUUUCAAAACCUGUCGGUCAUCUUCGAAAUGCAUAAGAAAGCUGUACUAUGGCUUCGGACAAAAUGUAUUUUACCACAUAUGAUAACUCUUUGUCCCUUUAUCACAAUAACCAAGUAGAGAGGUAGCUCACGCGAUGCUGUUGUUCAGAUCUGCACAAUUAAUAUGCAAACGAUCACAAUAUAGUUGUGGCAAUAAAGUAUGCGCUUGCGGCAUCAUGUUUCACAGAAAGCUAUGUGUGUAUAGACACUGUAUGUGUUUUGUGGGGUGUUCACAUUUCCUUGUCAUUUCACCAUUGAUUAGGAGUUUGAGAUCUUGACUCAACUAUAUAUGCUUGUCAUUAGUAAUAAGUACAUUUGCAUAUUUUAUAAAGAACCAGCAGAAUUUUAGAGAGUGGCUUUGUGAGACAAUGUUAAUGUCCAGUAUUAUGAAAUACUAGUAAAAAGGUUAAGUUGAUCUUUUUUCUUUCACACUUUUAUAUUCCUUCACUGAGAAAUGGAGCUGGACUCAUUGGUGAGUUAUGACCGCUGGCUUCUAGUAAGAAUGCUGUGAUGUGAAAUGAAUGACGUUCUGCGUUGCUGUCGAAUCGUCCCUCACUGAAAGGUUUAUAUUAUAUUCCGACAUUUCUUUAGAUUGCCAUCUGUUGGUCCCACACUGUUCAACUUUCUGUCAGUACUUCCCCCUGUCUCACUUGUCUUUUCAUCUGCUUGACAGCCAAAAAUACCCACAAAAAAUGGAUACUUUUAUAUGCUAGUAAAAGCUAGCAUAUAGGUUAUGUCACUGGGACCAAGUGAGUGGACAAAGGGAUGGGGACUAUCACAACUUCCCCUAAUGCAUUUCUUGCAGCUGCAUACAUGCCAAUGUGUCAUCUAGAAGACAUUAGUGCUUGCCUGAACUAUAGGUGCACCUAAUCGUUCUAUUCACAUCCUCUGGGGCAUUCAGUAAAUAAACGAUAAAGAUAUGUGAUAGGAAAUAGCACUUUCACCACUACAUCCACCACUAAUAUCUUGUUUUGUUGAUAAUCCAUGUCACUGUCACGAUAAGAGGUUGGCUCAAACUCCUCUUGUCAAAUUACUUAAGCACACAAAAUGCAUCCAAAAAAGCACUUUAAAGACGAGUAGCACGAGUGUGCGUAAGGGCAUGUUAUAUGUUUUAACACAGCUCUGCUUAUAACUAACUUUUCUGUGUGAGACUGUAGUGGAGAUAAACCUCUGAUGGUUUAAAUUAUUGUGGAAAUGUGGAGAUUAGAGUGCAGACUUUGAUUGAAAUGUGUAAAAUAUGCGAGUGCAAAGAAAUAAUAAUAACACUUUGUCUUUAUAAU